CCUAAUUUAACUUGGCCCCCAUCUACUUUCAUCUUCUUCAUCAUCAUCUUCUCUUUUUUCUCUCCAACUACCAAAUUCAUUCCUCCUAUUUGUUUUCUGGGUAUUUUAUUCUUCAUUCUCCAUAAUUAAACCAAAUUGUGAAUAAUUAGUGUAAUACCCAAAAACACAGCAAAAAUGGCUGAAGAAGAACCAAAGAAAAUAGUAGAAGAGAAAGUUGAAAAAAAGGAAGAAACUCCCAAAGAUGUUACUCAAGAGAAGAGUGUGGAUCCUGUUUCUGAUCACAAAGACUCUGACUCUAGGCCUCCUGCUGCUGAUGAAAAGGCUAUAGUGCCAGUAACAACACCAGCACCAGCUCCAGAACCUGAGAAGAAAAAGGCUUUAGGGGGUUCAUUGGACAGAGAUAUUGUGUUUGCUAAUGUUGAAAAAGAGAAGACUGUGGCCCUCGUGAAAGCAUGGGAAGAGAGUGAAAAAUCCAAGGCCGAAAACAAGGCAUGUAAAAAGUUGUCAGAUGUAACUUCAUGGGAAAACAGCAAGAAAGCUAACAUAGAAGCUCAGCUCAGAAAGAUUGAGGAAAAACUGGAGAAAAAGAAAGCAGAGUAUGCAGAAAAGAUGAAAAACAAAGUAGCAGAAGUUCACAAAUUAGCUCAAGAAAAGAGGGCAAUGAUUGAAUGUCAAAAAGGAGAAGAAGUUCUUAAAGCAGAAGAAUGUGCCGCAAAAUAUCGUGCAACUGGCCAUGUACCCAAGAAGUUUUUGGGCUGUUUUUAGAUGCUCAUAUUUCAUUAAUCAAUUUGCAAAUUAUUACUGUUGAAAAAAAAAAAGUAUGGAAGUGGUUUUGUGUAAUUUAUUUUAAAGUCAUUUUCAAUUGUUUGGUAUCUUGAUUUUGAUUGUCAAUGUGUACAGUAAACAUUUUGUCUUGUGUGAUUAUUAGUACUCCACAUCAUGUUGAGUGUUGUGUGCUUUCACAAUAUGGUUACUGUAGAUUUUUCUUUGCUAAAGAUUGAUAAAAAGUUGCCGACAUUUGCGUUCA